CCCCUUCCCCUCCCCGCCUCCCUAGCUGAGGGGAGCUCAGCCUCGUCUCGGGGAGAGCCUGGGGCCGUGGGCUCCGGCCAGGAGUGGAUAUCGUAUUUUACAAGAUGUAGUGCUGUAAUGUGGCUGAUGGGACAGGUUCAGUCAUGGCAUCAGAACUUUGUAAGACAAUCUCUGUGGCGAAGCUGGAAAAGCACAAGAAUUUGUUCUUAAAUUACAGGAAUCUACACCAUUUUCCAAUGGAAUUACUGAAAGAUGAGGGCCUGCAGUACUUGGAAAGACUGUAUAUGAAAAGAAACUCCCUAACAACCUUGCCAGAGGAUCUUGCUCAGAAGCUCCCAAACCUUGUGGAAUUGUAUCUUCAUUCAAAUAAUAUAGUUGUUGUACCUGAAGCUAUUGGUUCCCUUGUAAAGCUCCAGUGUCUGGAUCUGAGUGACAAUGCUUUGGAAAUUGUUUGCCCAGAGAUUGGUCGUCUAAGGUCCUUACGUCACCUUCGAUUAGCUAAUAACCAACUAAAAUUUUUACCUCCAGAGGUUGGAGAUUUAAAGGAGCUGCAGACGCUAGACAUUUCUACCAAUCGUUUACUAACUUUACCGGAGAGGCUUCAUAUGUGCCUUUCUCUGCAGUAUCUAACUGUGGAUCGAAAUCAUUUAUGGUGUGUACCUCGUCAUCUUUGCCAACUUCCUAGCCUCAAUGAACUCUCCAUGGCCGGAAAUCGUCUUGCAUUUUUGCCACUUGAUUUAGGUCGAUCUCGAGAACUACAAUAUGUAUAUGUGGAUAACAACAUUCACCUGAAAGGCCUGCCUUCCUAUUUGUAUAAUAAGGUCAUCGGUUGCAGUGGCUGUGGCUCUCCCAUUCAAGUUUCAGAGGUGAAGCUGCUUUCAUUCUCAUCAGGGCAAUUAACUGUUUUCCUCCCAGCGGAGGUUAAGUCUAUAGGGACAGAAACUGAUCAUGUCCUGCCUCUGCAAGAAUUAGCCAUGAGAAGUCUGUAUAACACCUACUACAAGUUAAUAAAAGAUUUAAACUUCCUGUCUCCAAUCUCAUUACCCAAAAGUCUCCUGGAGCUGCUACACUGCCCUUUGGGACAUUGUCACCGUUGUAGUGAGCCAAUGUUUACUAUUGUCUACCCAAAGCUUUUUCCCCUGAGAGAGACACCAAUGGCGGGGCUGCACCAGGGGAGGACAACUGUGAGUUUUGUAGCUUACUGCUGCUCCACCCAGUGUCUUCAGACUUUUGACCUACUGAGUUGAUAAACACUAAAAACUACUCAGGAGUGUUGCCAGCUUAAAGUUGUAUUAGACUGCAUAUCCCAUUGGAUACUGGAAUACUGUUUAUGUGCCAAAGCAGCAGAAGUGCCCAGUCAGGAACACUAAUAGGCACUUAAAUCUUACCCUAUCAAAUUUGGAUGAACUGCAGAAAUCUUUUGGAAAUGUAAUGAUCGAGCUUUAGAGGUAGAAUGCAUUCAACCCUCCCCCAAGUUGGAAUAUAAUCCAAAAAAUUUUAAGGAGCUUUGGUCUCCAGUGUUUUUCUUUUUAUGUAAGUGUGUCUUUUAUGUAAGCUAUUUAGUUUGAAGCGUCUCCCUGAAUCUAAUUUAAAGCAAGUUUCAGUUCCCUGAAGAACUGCAAUUUGAUAAUAUAAUGAAAUUAACAUUUAAACACACAUACUUCCAGUGAUAUGCUUUAUCUUCUCUUCUCUAUGUUUCCCCAGAGAAAAACUGCCAUGAUUCCCUCUAACAGUAACUUUGUCAGUGUCCCUCAACUCUUUCUUAUCACAUUUUAAAGAACCUCUCUGCCUCAUUAGGAAAUGGGUUUGUGGUGAGACCUACACAAAUAGCCUGCUUCUCAAGCUCACCAGGCAACCGAUCAUUUAGCCUGUAGAAAGUCAUGACUUUGUUUUUAAUUGUGCAAGUUUAUUAAUAAGAGCCUUAAGCUUGCCCUUUUUUGUGACAGAAGUUCUUUGUACAGAAAAUGCUGAUAAUGAAUGCACGUUUUAAUGUUAGAAAACAGCCUGUUUGCAUAUAAAAUAUUCUUAGAAUACUGGAUGAGAUUCCUAGAGUUUUGAGGAAUCUUUGAGUCUUAAAAGCAUUAGAUCCCACAAUCUCUAGAUUUAAACUUUUUAAUGAACUGUGAAAGGAAAAGAUGGCCAUACAAAUACAUGGCAUUCAAUGAUCUUUUUUUGUGUGAUUCAUGGUUAAAUUUGAUCAGUUUGGCUUGUUUUUGUUACAUGAGAGUAAUAGGCUUCAACCUACAUAUAACUUUCUCUAAUAAUUUAAAACUAAAAAAUAUAUGCAGUAUGAUUUUCUAUAUUGUCUUAUGGAAUAUAUUUUAAUAUAUUUUAAAUUCCUAAUUUUUAUACAUAUCUUUGUUUUUAAAACACCACAGGGAAAGUACAAAAUCUGCAGUUUGAUUUUACAGAAAGAUUAUUAACUGGUAAUCCUUAAGAAUAUAUCUUGGCUACAAGAAAAGUCCUCUUAUACCACACAUCUCUGUUCUUCUUUGGAAGUGUGGUGGCAUUUUAAAAGUGUCUUUGCUGCCAGAUGUGCAUUUUGAUUACUGUAAAAAGUAUUUUAUUCUGCAGUUUUCAAAAGGCUGAAAUGGAAGGUCAGAUUUUAAGUACUAACAAUAGGCACUUACAUUUAAAUGGCCAUCUUAAUUUUCAAAGUAUCUAGGAUUUUAUUUGGUUUAUGAAAUUUUAUUAAUUGUCCUAUAUUUGAAAUGCUAGGUUUUAAAAGUGCUGAAAUCCUACACAGUUACUGACAAAUGUGUGAUCUUUUCACAAUAACACCACCUGCUCUUCAGAAAGCACUUUGGAAUGGUGAAGGCAAAAAGAAGCCUGACAUGUGUGUUCCAACUUUAUUUGCACUAUUCUUACUUUCCUUUUCCUUUUCAUAACUUGGUCUUUUUAGCUUUGGUAUUUCAAAAGCAUAGAGUACAAUAGAUCUGAAGAUCAGUACUAAACUAUGGCAGGUGUCCUGGACACUUCUUCAGGAACAAUUGAGGCUGUGGAUGUAACCUGUUACAUGUACAUAUGUUAGUGGGAGAAAAAUAUGGCGUGAUACUUCACAAAUGUGAUUCAGGCCUUGGUGGCUGGUGCCAUGUGUCUAAGUGACUAUAGAUAUAUUGCAGCAUAUUAUUUUUUUUUCACAACCAUAUGUCAGGAGCUAAGUAGCUUUGAAAUAGAGAUUUGUGUCUAUGAAAUAUGCUAUUCUGAUAUUCAAAAUCAAAUUAAAUUUAAAGAUCCAUUAUUAACAUUGGUUUAAUUAGAAAAUAAUAACAAAGUAGCCAAUAGCCAUACAAUCUUCCUGCAUCUAAGAUGCCUAACAGACCAAUCCUUGUGGAAUUUGAACUUUUAAUCACUGAAAUAGAUCCAAAGUUUAAUUUGUGAAAAAUGGGUAUAAUAAAUUGAUUUCCUUAGUGCUGUUGGGUAUGAAAUUUAAUGCUAGAUUCCCUGUUUAUUUUUUCUCCCCUAGAAAUAAUGUUAUAUCCUGGGGAAUAGUGUCUUCCAUACUAAAUUUUGGAACUGUGUCCAAUAUAGUACAAAGAAAAACAAAUUCAUGCACAUAUUUUAGAUUUUGUUUUCUUGAAUGAGAGUUCAAUACAGAUUGGAUAAUUUAAAAAAAAUAAGAAAAGAAACUUUAUGUGACAGCUAACAGUAGCCUAGUGAAAAGCAGAGCACUAAGAUUUUUAUUCAAAUGACUUGUCCAUCAGUGAUCAAAAGUGGUUUAAAAAAUGUUUGAAACAAGAUCUCUAUAGUGCCCUGUUCUUUUAAAAGGGGCCAGUGGCCUUCUGUUGAUUUCCCUAAGGGAGUUUAUUUGAGGAUCAUCUAUUCCCAGACAAAAAUUCAGUUGUUCAGUCAUAAUACAAAUUAAAACAUCAAUCUUUAAAAAUAAAACAUAUUUUUGAACAUUCUUCUAAAAGCUCUAAAAACACUAAGAGUUUGAUACACUAAAGAUAUGCUCUGAUUAAUUGUAUCUAAAACUCCAAUAUCUUAUCUCUAACCUAUAUCAGUUGUUUUCAUUUGGGCAUCUGUGGUAAAUUUAACUUUUGUUUGCCAAAGAAGUAUUUCAUGCUAGUUUGUCUGACUAGUAUAAUACAUACCUCUAGUAUUUCAAGAUAAGCAUAGUAAUCAGAUUAUGGACCACUGCAUAUCAUUCUUUGAGGGGGAGGAAAUGCAUUCAUCUUAUGUUGUUCUGAAUUUAAAACAGAAUAAUAAAAUAAUGCUACUGAAACUUUCAAAGCUAGUUUUUAAUGUAUCAACAGGAAAUUCAGGUUUAUGUUUCCUUGAUUGAAAAUCAGGCAUUCUUCUUUCUACUAUGAAAAACAUAAAUCAUAAUGCAUUACUUAGUAAUAAUUGAAGUAUCUUUUUCUAGAUGAUUUAUGCAUAAGAAUUCUUAACUAGAGCAACACUAGCCCAACUUAAUAUGAUUAAGCAUUAAAAUGUAAAUUACUGUGAUAGAUUUGUAAAUACACUCUCUUCAAGACAUCUUGUUUUGAGAAUAUUUCUAUACAAAAACCUGACCACUUCAUUUUUUCAUUAUCUUAGAGCUUUUAGUUUAUUCUAACUUAACCGCUAAGGAGGCCUCCUUAAAUACUUGCUGGAAAUUCCAAGAAUAAAAUAUUUUAUUUUUUCCUCUGAAGUGAUGGAUUUUUUAAAGUUACAUUUUUAAAAACAGCUUUGUAUUUCUUUGAGAAUCACAAUAUUCUCACUAUUCCAAUGCAGAAACAAGUUUACCAUCUUAUUAGCUGAUAUAUACUUAAAGGUGACAUGAUAAAAUGGCCAAUUGAGAAUUCUCCUUGGCAAGGAAAAGAAAUUUAUUUUAUUUCUGAGGAAACCUAUUUUAUUUUAUCUCUAGAAGCAGGAUAGCAUGCUCCCUUAGGCUUUGUACAUAAUACAACUAAAUGGUACUAAUGCAUAUAACUACACUACAGCCUACAAACUAAAAUGCUUGGAGAUGAUUAGUAACAUUUUUAUAUGCAAUUAAGAAUUAGACUUGCAAGGAUUUAAGAUAUUUUCUUCUUCCACUCACCUUACCACAGAGGCCUGGAUUAUCACUACUUUCACUAUUUGCAUUACAAAAUAUCAGGUUCAAACUGAUUUACACAACAAAUUUUAAGAACCUUUAAUAACCCAGGAUUUUUAAUUUUUGUAUAAUAAAAGUAUUUUCUAAGAGCACAUUUUGGAAGGCAUUAUGACAUUCAUUUGUAGUGUAUACAUUUAUUUCUGGAAUACAUUAACUGUACCCUUUUUUUGUUGACUCCCAAAGCUGCUACUGUGUUGAAUAACUAUUGAGCUUGAACCCUGUGACUGCUUAGAAGUGUAAAUGUAUUUCUUCUUCAUUGUCUUAACCAAAAACAUUUUGUAAAAUGAAAAAAAAAAAAAGCUGUACUAGAUGUUUAAAUUAAAGCUAAUGAUGCAACUUAUUGUUCAUGUUUGUUAAACUUUUUGGGUAGUUCAUCUAUCAAUAAAAAACCAAAAGCAAAGCAAUUAAUAACAUGAAA